AUGGAGAUUAACGAGAGUAGAGGAGCGACUUGCGUCUGCAUCCCGUUCGACCUCGGUGAAGCUCAGUUUGACUACACCGUCACCGAGGACACCGGGGAUACCGCGGACACGGCAGUCCACCGAGAUAGCAAAGAUAGGGUGAACCCCGAAAACACGCAGCAGAUCUUAUCAGAUCCCGGGUAUUUGCGCAACGCAGUGUGGCAGCUCACCCCACCAUGCGAACCCCGCGGUCUGCACCGCGCGCCGUGGCCGCCCCUCAGCUCAGUCAGAGCCGACCACCUCCCUCACACCACUCGAGUCAAGAACGACACGUCUCACAACGCUUUUAGUGUCGUCCAUCUCGGGUUCUCAAUAAGGCGUAACUAA